AUGGCUUCUGCAGGAGCAGAGGCGGAGAAGGGAUCUCCGAUUGUGGUGGGACUGCUGGUCCUGGGCAACAUCAUUAUUCUGCUGUCAGGCCUGGCCCUGUUUGCUGAGACAGUAUGGGUGACAGCUGACCAGUACCAUGUGUACCCACUAAUGGGUGUCUCAGGCAAGGAUGAUGUCUUCGCUGGUGCCUGGAUCGCCAUCUUCUGUGGCUUCUCCUUCUUCGUCGUGGCCAGCUUUGGUGUGGGUGCAGCGCUCUGCCACCGGCGGUCCAUGAUCCUCACGUACCUGGUGCUCAUGCUCAUCGUCUACAUCUUCGAGUGCGCCUCCUGUAUCACAUCCUACACCCACCGAGACUAUAUGGUGUCCAAUCCAUCUCUGAUUACCAAGCAGAUGCUGACAUUCUACAGUGCAGACACAGACCAGGGCCAAGAACUGACUCGCCUCUGGGACCGUAUCAUGAUUGAGCAAGAGUGCUGUGGCACAUCUGGUCCCAUGGACUGGGUGAAUUUUACAUCAACCUUCCGGGAGGCCACCCCAGAGGUGGUGUUUCCCUGGCCCCCACUGUGCUGUCGGCGGACUGGCAACUUCAUUCCCCUCAAUGAAGAAGGCUGCCGCCUGGGCCACAUGGACUACCUGUUCACCAAGGGCUGCUUCGAACACAUUGGCCAUGCCAUCGACAGCUACACGUGGGGAAUCUCGUGGUUUGGGUUUGCCAUCCUGAUGUGGACGCUCCCUGUGAUGCUGAUAGCCAUGUAUUUCUACACCACAUUGUGA